AAAUGACUCGUGGCCGGAGACACGCGCCCUCAGUUAAACUCAUCCGGUAACCGUUUCGAGGCACGUAGCGCGUGGAAUUUCGAAUUAAUCGAUAGCAUUGUGAUUCUACGUGGUCGUGGUCACCAAAUAUCGUUUAUAAUGUAAAAUGUGUUACAAUACCGUUGAUAAAAAAUAUUUGUAUAAGAUAUAACGUAUAUAAUCAUCAGGAGAAGGGAAUCAAAUAACAAAACCUUUUAAUAUAAAGUAAACUAAAGUGAAAAUGCCUGCUGUAAGCAUUUGUGACCCAGUUGCGGCCACUCUUCGUCGUACAUUGGAAACUAAUCAGUCCAAAACAUCAGAUGACUUAACAGCAAAUUUAGUUACCAGUGCAUCAAGAAUUCUUCAGUCAGAAAUUCAAUAUAAAGAAGUUGAUGAUUAUCAAACAACAAUUCUAGAUCAACUUAAAGCAAAAUACAUUGUAUUAAGUUUACCGAAUUCUGAAAACUCAGAUGAUAAAAUAAAGGAUGGUGCAAAUUAUAUAAAGAAAAAUGAAAAAAUAUCUAAAGGACUCAGCUUGCCAGAGCCAACAGUUACUUUAUAUUCUCCAAAGAAAGUUAGCCUAGGGUGGAAGGGUACAUUUCCUGUUGGGGCUGGCAUGUAUAAUGUUGGAAAUACAUGCUAUUUAAAUAGUACUCUUCAAGCUCUGUUUCAUGUACCAGCGCUUGUAAAUUGGUUAUUGUCAGACUCUCAUCAUACAUCAAAGUGUGAACAAAAUGAUGGAGGUGGAGAAUGCCUUACAUGUGCAGUGGCUAAGACUUUACAAUCUAGUCACCAAAAAUCAGGAUGUGCUAUCAAGCCAUUCUACAUAUAUAACAAAUUAAAACUUAUUUGUCGAACCAUGGUGCCAGGGCAACAAGAAGAUGCUCAUGAGUUUUUACGUUAUUUAUUAGAAGGCAUGGAAAAAGCCUACUUAGCAAGACACAAAGCUAGUAAACUAGACAGCUAUUCUAAAGAAACAACACCUAUCAACCAAAUUUUUGGUGGUUAUAUUCGUACUGAAGUAAAGUGUCUACAAUGUCGACAUGUUUCCACUACUUUUCAACACUUUCAAGACUUAUUAGUUGAUAUACGUAAAGCAAGCACUUUGGAUGAAGCAUUAAGUAGCUAUUUUAGCCGCGAGCAACUAGAUAACAAUGAUUACAAAUGUGAAGCUUGCAAAAGAAGAGUUCCUGCUACGAAACAAUUUAGCUUAGAACGACCCCCUAAAGUGCUUUGUGUGCAAUUAAAAAGAUUCAGCGUUCUAGGAGGAAAAAUAUCUAAACAUAUAGGUUUCAAGCAAACUAUAGAUAUGGGCCCUUAUCUUUGGAAAGAACCAGGGGAACCUACGCAGUCACUUACAUAUAAGCUUAUGUCAAUAGUUACACAUAUGGGUCCAUCAGUUAAUUGCGGGCAUUAUACUGCAGUUGCAAAAGUCUCAACAGGCCAAUAUUAUUCCUUUGAUGAUUCUUGUGUUCGUCCACUUAGUUUGAGUAAUGUAUUCAGUACAAAUGCUUACAUAAUGAUCUUUGAAAUGGAACAACAAACGCAAUCUCAGGUUCAAGCUCAACAAACUGUCAAAUUAAAUGGUACAAUGACUGUGAACAACACAUUAUCUUCAUCAGGAAGCCCUAUGAAUAAAACUAUAACUCCCAAGGCAUCAACAUCUGGAUUACACUCAUUAAAUGGAUUAAUCAAUGGCACAUCAAUUAGUAAAGAUAGCACAGAUAAUUCAGAAACGAAUUUACAGAUAUCAACAAAUAAAAAUGCGGGACUUCAAUUUAAUACCCAAAAAAGCACGAAUUUUAUCGGGCCACAGUUACCACAAAAAUUACAAGAUAAGUCUCAACCAAGAUUAAUUAUGCAUAUUAAAAAUGGGAAAAUUUUGAAUGGAAAUAGCUUAGUUCCUUAUGAUGGAUCUAGUGAAGAAGAAGAUGUUAGUUCUAUUGGAACAUUAAAAAAUCAUACAAAUUCAAAUACGCUUGCAAAAACAAACACUUCUGCUAGUACUACUAAUGGUACACAGAAAUGUUCCCUGACAAAAAAUGGUUCCCCUAAAGUAAAUCUUAAUGUAUCAAAGACAAAUGGUAGUAGUGUAUCUCAGAAUCAAAGUAAUGUAACGCAAUGUACAAAAACACAAAAUGGUUCUAGCUGUAGUACCAUUACAAGUACAAUAAAGUAUCAAAAUGGUAAAUCAGAAACAAAUGGUAAGACAGAAAAUAGUAAUAAUAAUAGCAAAAGUAAGUGGCAUCAAUCUGUUAGAAAAACAGGACAGGACGAUAAAGUAAUUACAAAAGCUUCAAGCAGUAGUAUGAAAGGUUGGCAAGUUUCAAAGGAUACAUCUUUUUCUGCUACAUCAACUGUAACACCAAACGGAUGGUCCGUGACUGAUAAGGAAGAUAUCCAUAAAAUUAGUCAAAAUAAUAGCACGCCGAGUGCUGCAGCUUUAAGAGAUUUCAAUGGAACAAAUCGUUCCGAUACGGUUUCCCAUUUAUUAAAGAUGUCUCACCGUGGUUAUGGCAGUUCUUCGGUUGCAAAUUGGAAUGGUAACAGAACACACUUAGAUAGGGAAGUUGAUAAUGAUAGAAGGGAAGAACGUAAGCGACAUUUCAAUGCAGAUGAUGAAGAAAUAGAUCGUGGCCGAGUCAAGAAAGUAAAAGAUCAUCGAACGUAUGAAGAAAGAAGUAACUCGGGGUAUAAUCCUUUCCAGGAAUAUCAAAAUGGCAAAACGUGGAACCGAUCUCUUGGUGGUUAUUACCGGAGACAUUACUAUAAUACUUCCAAUAAUGCACGACCACGGCAUGGCAGAAAUUAUAGGCCUUCGCAUUACAGAUAUCAUAAUCAUUCUCGUGCACAUUGGCAACGAGAAUAAAAUAAAAAAGAUAAGUUGUUGAGAAAAAAUUUCGAAAGCAAUCCAACGUCGAAAGACUUCGUUAGGUUUCAAUUACUAAAGCAAAUUAUAAUUUUUCAAUACGUUAAAAUUAAAAUAAAGAUGUGGCAGUGUUGAUUUAGAUAAUGAAUGUUGGACAUAAUAAAUAUUAAACAUUCAUUAUCUAAACUGCAUCGUAACAACCAUGCAUGUUCCUGACAGAGUCUUCAUGUACUCUAUUGUUGUUUGUAGCUCACGUACGUAUGUGGACAUUGUACUACACAGUACAACGGGGGAUGAGUAUCAAUAACUCCACCAAUCUUGUGUUCAGUAUGAACGGAGCAAAAUUUAUUAUAAAAUUGUACUAUACUAUAAGUGUGUUAUUAAUUUAGAGUGCGUAUUAAAGAAAUAUAUGUAUGGAUGCAAUGUUUAAAAGUUUAAACAGUAUAUAGCUAAGUGUUUAAAAUUUUCUUGUUGACUUUCUUAUAUUUUAGUUAUGGUCAUAAAAUUAUGUUCUUAUUUAAUUUAAAGUAACUUUCAUAUUGCAUA